AUGAGCCAAGCUCUACUACAGAUUGGCUUAUCCACUGUGGCAGAUGAAACAAAGAGGGAGUAUCUGAAUAAUGGCUUCCUACAGCUGCAGCAAUCUGCCCACGCCAUUAAACAGUCGUACGUUGUGUACUUGGGAUCACAUUCUCAUGGUCCAAAACCUUCCUCUGCUGACAUGGACUUUGCCACAAGUUCCCAUUAUAAUUUGCUUGCCUCCGUCUUAGGAAGCUAUGAAAGGGCCAAAGAAGCCAUCUUUUACUCAUAUAACCGACACAUCAAUGGCUUUGCGGCAUUACUCGAAGAGGAUGAGGCAGCAGAGAUCAAGAAAAAUCCAAGAGUAGUGUCGGUUUUCUUGAGCCAAUCGCACAAGCUGCAUACCACCAGGUCAUGGGGUUUUCUCGGACAAGAAAGAAAUGGAAGAGUCAGAGCUGACUCAGCUUGGGUCAAAGGAAGGUUUGGUCAAAAUGUGAUUAUUGGCAGUCUUGACACCGGUGUUUGGCCUGAAUCCCAAAGCUUCCGAGAUAAUGGGUACGGUCCCAUUCCAAGGGAGUGGCGUGGAGGAUCAAGAUGCGAGCUUUAUAGUCUGACUGGCCCACGUAACAUAACCCUGUGCAACAGGAAGCUGAUUGGAGCAAAAACAUUUUAUAAAGGCUACGUGGUAAAACACGGGAGCCUUGGCCUCACAAGUGGUAUCAGUGCCCGUGACAUGGUUGGACAUGGGACCCACACCCUCUCGACAGCAGGUGGCAACUUCGUCCGAAACGUCAGCGUUCUCAACAACGGCAAUGGAACAGCCAAGGGAGGAUCUCCCAGAGCUCGUCUCGCAGUGUACAAGAUCUGCUGGGGUCGUCACAAUGCAGAGGACUGCACUGAUGAAGAUCUGAUAUCUGCUUUUGACCAAGCCAUCGAUGACGGCGUCGAUAUUCUCUCCGUCUCCGUUGGUGGGAGUACUGUGCCAAAUGUGAAUGACAUGUUGACCAAUGGAAUCUCCAUAGGAUCCUUCCAUGCGGUUUCCAGGGGAAUCAUCGUCGUCGCCUCUGCCGGUAACGAGGGACCAGAACUUCAGACCGUGGCAAAUGUGGCACCGUGGAUCUUCACUGUUGCUUCUGGCUCCAUGGACAGGGAAUUCAGCAACAAUAUUACUCUUGGUAAUGGCCAGACCAUUAAGGGAACAAGUCUUGCCACAAACUCCACAUCUCAGAGAUUGAUUCCUGUGGUCAUUGCUGGCAAUGUCAGGCUUCCUAAUGCAACAUUUCAAGAUGCUCAGCUUUGCAAAAUCGGAACCCUUGAUCCUCGCAAAGUAAGGGGUCGCAUAUUAGUAUGCCAAAGAGGAAGGAGCCUGAGGCCUGUGGAGAAGGGUCAAGAAGCAAAGCGUGUAGGCGCAUUGCAAAUGAUUUUACAAAAUGAUAAGCAAUUGAACACACUUACAGCUGAUCCUCAGGUUGUUGGAGCUUCCAAUAUUCCUCAAGGUGGAGGUCAGAGUGAGAGUAAAAAUAUUAGGAACUCGUAUUUUGACAGAAACAAAUAUUGCAGGAGCCCAGUUGCAUUCAUGAAUAAUGCAAAAACAUUUAUACCAAUAAGGCCGGCUCCAAGAGUUUCUGCAUUCUCAUCGAGGGGACCUAACUUGAUUCUUCCCUCAAUCCUCAAGCCCGAUGUAACUGCACCAGGCCAGGGUAUAAUUGCUGCUUAUUCAUCUGCUGCAAGUCCCACAAACCUAGAUUCAGAUGAAGCUCGCUUUGACUAUAAUGUUCUAUCCGGAACUUCCCAGGCAUGUCCUCAUGUUGCUGGCAUUGUUGGUCUUCUCAAAACUCGCCAUCCUAGUUGGAGUCCUGCCAUGAUCAAGUCAGCAAUCAUGACCACUGCAAGCAUACUGGAUAACACCAAUAGACCACUUAAGGACGAACAAGAUGGUCGAGUAGCAACUCCAUUUCAUUAUGGCACAGGCUAUGUCAAACCAAACAUUGCAAUGGACCCUGGACUUGUUUAUGAUCUCAAAACUUCUGAUUACCUCAACUUGUUAUGCUUUUCUGCUUACGAGGGAAGAAUAAUUGAAUCCAUUUAUAAUAAUAAGCCAUACAAAUGCCCAAGGUCUUACAGACUAGAAGAUUUCAACUACCCUUCAAUCACAUUGCCUUUUCUGGGUAUGAAACUUACAAAUUUAACCCGUAUAGUCACAAAUGUUGGGCCUCCAAGCACAUAUACUGUAAACGUGAAAGCCCCAAGAGGAGUUAAGGUUGUUGUUGUUCCAUCAACUUUGACCUUUCAGAGGACAAACCAAAAGAAGAACUAUAUGGUUAUUUUACAGUCAUCAAGUUCAACUAAAACUUCAGAGCCUUCAUUUGGAGAGUUGACUUGGACUGAUGGCAAGCGCAAAGUGAGAAGCCCAAUAGUAAUCCUUCAACAUGAGCAAAUGGCGACGUAG